AAUAACAGUGAGGUCAAUGGUGACCAGUUUCGUGUUGAGCAUCGUCUUCAACGUCAUUGUUUGCAAGCUUAAUCUCACCACCGGUGUCAUACCUUCUUUCAACAUCGCCGCCGGCUUGUUGGGCUUCGCGAUCAUGAAGGCUUGGACGUGGUUGCUAGAAAAUUUUGGUUGCCUCAAACAGCCCUUCACCAGUCAAGAAAACACUGUCAUCCAAACAUGCGUUGUUGCUUCCUCUGGGAUUGCUUUUAGCAGUGGCACAGCAAGUUAUAUGCUGGGAAUGAGUGCAAAGGUUGCCGCUCAAGCAGAUGCAGGGAACUUGCCAAACAAUGUGAAGAAACUUUCUCUGGGUUGGAUGACUGGAUUUCUCUUUAUUGUCAGCUUUGUUGGCCUCUUCUCAAUUGUGCCUCUCAGAAAGUUGAUGAUCCUCAAGUACAAGUUAACAUAUCCUAGUGGAACUGCAACUGCAUGCCUUAUCAACAGCUUCCACACACCUAAAGGAGCCAAACUAGCAAAGAAACAAGUUGCGACCCUCUUCAAGUCCUUCGGUUUUAGCUUUGUAUUUGCAAUUUUCCAGUGGUUUUUUGCUGGUGGUGAUGGAUGUGGAUUUAGUAGCUUCCCUACAUUUGGUCUACAAGCCUUUAAACAAAAGUUCUAUUUUGAUUUCUCAACAACAUAUAUUGGUGUUGGGAUGAUUUGCCCAUACAUGGUAAAUAUAUCAUUGCUUCUUGGAGCUAUCUUCUCAUGGGGACUCAUGUGGCCAUUGAUAGAGCGCAAUAAAGGUGACUGGUAUAGUGCAAGCCUAUCUUCAAGCAAUCUUCAUGGCAUCCAAGGAUAUAGGGUUUUUCUUGCUAUUGCUAUGAUGAUUGGUGAUGGUCUCUUCCAAGUGUUCCUCAUGAUGAUUGUGACAUCAAUGGACUACAUAGCGCAGAAGAAGAAGAAGAAGACGGUUACGAAGAAAGAAUCCUAUUCCAAUACCCCUAAAAAUGAUGAGGAUCAUCAGUCCUUAAAGGAGCAAAGAAGAACCGAGUACUUCUUGAAAGACGAAAUCCCAACUACAGUCGCGGUCAUUGGGUACUUAGCUCUUGCAGCCAUAUCCAUUGUUGUAAUACCCCUCAUCUUCCACCAAAUCAAAUGGUACCACUUACUGGUUGCUUACUUGAUUGCGCCGGUUUUGGCCUUCUGCAACUCCUAUGGUUGUGGUCUCACUGACUGGUCCCUCGCCUCUAACUAUGGCAAACUCGCCAUCAUCUUAUUUAGCGCUUGGGUUGGCCUUGACAAAGGAGGAGUUCUUGCAGGCCUUGUCUCGUGUGGCGUGAUGAUGAGCAUUGUGUCCACGGCUUCUGAUCUCAUGCAAGACUUCAAGACCGGGUACUUGACGUGUGCAUCGCCUCGUUCCAUGUUCUUUAGCCAAGUCUGUGGCACUGCCAUGGGUUGUGUCAUGUCACCUCUAGUCUUCUGGUUCUUCUACAAGGCUUAUCCAGUGGGAGACCCCACUGGGUCGUACCCAGCGCCCUACGCGUUAUUGUAUCGCAGCAUUGCUCUUCUUGGAGUUGAGGGUACCUCUGCCCUUCCCAAGCACUGCCUUGCCCUUUCCAUUAUCUUCUUCUUCGCUGCCAUUGCAAUAAAUAUUAUAAAAGAGGUUUUGAAGCGCUGGGAAACCAGAUGGAGGUUACACAGGUUUAUUCCGAGCCCUAUGUGCAUGGCGAUACCUUUCUAUUUGGGGGCUUAUUUCUCCAUUGACAUGUGCAUUGGGAGCUUGAUUCUUUUCAUUUGGGAGAUGAAGAACAAGCAGAAGGCUAGGGAUUUCGCGCCGGCUUUGGCGUCAGGCUUGAUUUGUGGAGAUUCUUUGUGGGGAAUUCCUGCUGCUGUGCUCUCUCUGUUUGGUGUCAAUGCUCCUAUUUGCAUGAAGUUUUUAUCUGCCUCUAACAACAAGAGAGUGGAUACCUUUUUGGGUGGUUGA